AUGCACCAACUUGGCGAAGGAACAGAAGGCAAAAUUCUACAUCAUGCGCAGCUGCGUCGCCAUGCUCGUCUGUUGGCACAAACACGCCGCCGAUCCCUGACCCACAUCAUCAUCCAACCCAACUCUCUGUCUCUCUCUCUCCUCGUCCUCUGGCCAGGGCAAGCUCAUGAAUCGUCAAUUGAUGCAUCAAUUAAUCUCGUUACCGGAUUAAUUGAUUGUGCACGGCAUGCGGCCAAUCUUGAUUUAUUCUUUUUUUUUAAUGGGCAUCUUGAUUUAUUCUUGUUCUUUUCACUUAUGGAAUUUUGUUUGUGA